AUGGCUGAAAUAUUAUCAUUGAAAGGCGUCGAGGUACCUUGUCUGACAAACAAACAUUUUCAAUUUUCAUCAUUUGCCCAAUUAAUAUCUCAUUUAUUUAAAAAGAGUAAUAAAGAAACUGAUUCAAAUAUUCCCAUUGUUAUUUUACUACCACAUAACCCACCAAGUACCACAAAUAGUGAACUAGAGAAGUUGUCAUUUUCGGAAAAGACAUUAUUGUUGACUUAUUUCUUCAAUCAUUUAAAUUUGGUGAUACUUGAUGAAAGCUUUGACAAGGAUGAGACAGAUGCAACUAUAGCAAAAGCAUCGCGAUUAUUGAAAAAUAGAAUUUCCAGAGUUGGUAAUUGGACUGGUACUACUCAUUUCAAUUGUGAAGCUGGUGAUUGUUUAUAUGAUAGCCAAUCGAAAAUAGCUGGCGUGAUUCCAACCAUGAGCUAUGUUCUCAAUGUGAAUGCAUCAAGAUCUGCUCAAACGACCGACCAAUUGAUCCAUUUCAAAGAUUUAUUAUUGAAGGAGAUCAAUUUUUUUGACUUGCUUGACAAUUCUUCACCAAAGAGAUUAUCAGAAUUGUGUUUUGCCGUUGGUCACUGGAGUUUUCCUGCUCACGAGUUGAGUAAUGAUGAUUUGGUUUAUUGUGUUUAUUUGAUGAUAGCCUACGCCAUACAGCAUGUCAAAGUUGCUGACCAAAAGGACGACUCCUUGCAUUUACUUUCUGCCAACGAAUUAUUGGGAUUUGUAUUUACAGUGAGAGAUACUUAUAGAAACGGGAAUCCAUUCCACAAUUUCCGUCAUGCAGUGGAUGUUUUACAAGCAUGUUUCCAUUUUGUUAUCAGAUUGGGAAGCUUGCCUAGAUUCCAACAGUUUAUAUCCGACCCAGAAUCAGAGUACAAGCCUCAACAUAACGAGACCACUGAGUUAAUUGCUUUAAAAGAAAGUCCGAAGGAGAAUAUAUCACAUCUUAAUCCAAUCCAAACUUUGGGAUUAUUGAUUGCAGCAUUGGGUCAUGAUGUUGGCCAUCCAGGUACUACUAAUGAUUUUAUGAUCAAAUUCAAUGCACCAACCGCAUUGCUCUUCAAUGAUAGAUCAGUAUUGGAGUCAUACCAUUCUUCUGUAUUUAUAAACAAAGUUUUAGCUGUUUGUUGGCCAAGUUUACUUUCCGCCAAAAUUGAUGACAAGACAGAAUUGACUGUUAGAAGUUUGAUAAUUUCUUCUAUUCUUGCCACAGAUAUGGGUGAACAUAACGAGUAUGUCAAUCGAUUAAAGUCAUUCAAGACUAAUAAUGAAAUCUUGAAUCAUGAUAAUACCGUCAAGUUGAUUUCUGCAUUGUUGAUUAAAUGUGCUGAUAUUUCCAAUGUUACGAGACCUUUAAGAGUUUCUUCACAAUGGGCUAUGGUGUUAUCCCGUGAGUUUGCUGAAGUUGAGACUCUCAAGAAUCUAAUCAAUCACGAGGAUGAUGCUUCUUCUAUAAUCGAUCUUACAAAGGACUUGACAUAUGAUCAUGUUCCAGAUAAUUUACAGGAGAUUUUGACUUUACAACCAAAUCUACAAAAUGGUCAAAUAUUCUUUAUCAACUUGUUUGCUGAAAACUUGUUCAAUAACAUUGCUGAAUUAUUACCACAAUUACAAUAUACAUGUGAUAUAAUUCUGCAUAAUAAGAAUUUUUGGUUGGAAAGAGCCAAGUCUUGA